CUUAUUUAAGCACGGAUGUAUGUGUUGCCUGCAGUGCGUGACGUUGAAUUCUUCGCUUCCGUGUUUCAGUUGGGCAUCGAGCACAUGUACAAGUAUGUCAGCCCGGUCAACCCGGCUGUCUACCCGCACCUCACGCUGGUGCUCAUGGGCAUCGGCCUGUUCUUCAUGGCCUGGUUCUUUGUCUACGAGGUGACCUCGACAAAGUUCACGCGAGACCUCUUCAAGGAGCUCAUCAUCUCUCUAGUCGCCGCAGUGUUCCUGGGCUUCGGCAUUCUGUUCCUGCUCCUCUGGGUUGGCAUAUACGUCUAGCAACGUGACAACCCGUGGUGCCUUGACAGUAAGAAAAUAUGCUGCCUUUUUUUCUUGGGUCCUGUUGGAAUGAAUGGAUGACAUUGGUUGCUCACAGUGUAUAGCAAGGCACCUCAUCAUUUCUCCUCCAUCACCUUCUCCCCUUCCCCCUCCUUUUUUUUCUAUUUUCUAAUUGUUGUACAUUCCUGGUGAAUUGAAGUAAAUGAAGUUCGUUUUCA